CCGCAACAUCAUCCACGACUACAAUCCUAGCAAACAACACCCGCCUGUAAAUCGAUGACAGCCCGCGGCGUUGAUUUGAUGCCCUCUAGAGGCAGCCACUUGCCUAUUUUUUCUUAUUGAUCCUCCGUACUAUCGUAUGCUUGUUGUGUAACUUUACUUCAUCUUCUUGCCAGCCUUCCACCGAUUCUAAAAUGGACGGACAUUCAGACUUUGACGAUGAGGAGUUCCGCACCGCGCCGUCUACCCGAGAACACAGCCUAUCCGUCAAUCGACCUCCGGCUAUAACUCAGCUACCCGGCGUCUUCGUUCCCUCGUGCCACAAUGGCACCGUCAUCUACCCGACCACCACACAGAGGAACCCCGAUCUAGGCCGACGUCCAUCCAUCGUGCCCCCGGGCCCGCCCACUAUCCUAGACUGUAGCUUGCUCAGCGAUGGAGACGUCGAAACCAUGACAUGGGCUCCUCAAGCCAGCCCCGUAUUCCGGCGGCCAUCAAGAUGCAUGAGCAUAGACCAGACUAGAGCUCAGGCCCACAAUCACUGUCUACCCCCGGCCGCUGCAGAGGCCAUCACCAAAGGGAAUCUGUCAGUACAAGACGUUGUGGAGAUUGUUUUCAAGGAAAUGUGCAAGCACAAUACCACCAUGGAGGAUGCUGUCCACAACCAGCAAGCGACUGACGCUCUGGUCCAAACAAGACUGGCCAGGAAGCCGAGCUGCCUCAAAACUGCCAUUGAGCUACAGCCUGCUCGGGCAGCUGAUCCAGCGACCACCAUCAGCGAGCCCGAGGCCUCAUUCUUCACCCGAAGCGCCACUGAUGGUCAAGUACGGUCGAGAAGUGUAGCUCGGCCUCCGCCUAUCACCACGAUUGUCUCACGCGACAGUAUUACCGAUAUACGAUGGCUCGCUGACCAACAGGCAGAUCAAGUUGAUCAAAGGCCGGAUUCUAAUGAGCCCGAACCGCCGGUAUCUGCCGCGUCCCAGACUAACUCUUCCAUGUUCAAUGUGUCUAGCAUCAUCGAGGGACUCAGUCGGACUUCUGAUUCCGAUGCUGCAUCAGAAGCCCCUGACUUCCGCAACUUCUCGCUCGGUUCUCAAUUUGUAAACGAGUCUAAUCGUCAAAAGGAAAACGUCAAAGAAUCCAGCGUCGAUGAUGGGGCUUCCUCGAUUACUUCUUUCCCUAGCCUGCCACAGCGACACUGCACGGAUGAAUGGCUGAGCACCCCUGCCAGCCUCGUCACUUUGGAACAUGAAGACAAAGACAAGGUCAACAUGUAUCAUUUGGGAAUUGACGCUAGACUUGGCAGCAUCGCACCCAUCAGCGAACAAAUAGCCAAGAGAGAUUCUGACCAUGGUACGAUUCAUGGUGUAGUUCCCACGUCGGAUGAUUCUGCGACUACCAAAACCAAGCCCUCUCGCCGAGGCUCUGAGGCUCUACUAGACCUGCACGCACGCCCUGAGACGAAGGCAUCAGACCCAUUGCCCAAGAAUGGCAGGCGGCGGUCUGCCCAUUUCGCAGAUCCUCUAGUACAAGAGAGUCGCAAAACGGAGCCAGGUUUCAUGCAGCAAAUCACACGAAAGAUCAGUUCUGUAUUCCAGAGUCCAGCAAGUAAUGGCCGUGCAACUCGCGCGCCAGCACCAUCCGAAGUUGACGAUGAGGUUACCGGAAAGACUGGCGGAGAACUUGGUGCAAGCCGGCCGGCUGCGGGAGCUAGUGGUCCCAGCGUGGAAUGCCUUUCAGAGCCCGAGCCCGACGCCGUCUACCAGGCUAUGGUGAUAUCGAAGCCUACGAAAGACAAGAAGCAACGGCGAAGCACCUGUUCUGAAGACUACAUUCCCCACAUGUGCGUGGACGAUCUGAGCACGUCGGGAAUGCCCUCACCCAAUAUCCAGUAG